GAUUAAGGUGUUCAUAAGCAAAGUGCAGAGAAAGCAAGCAUGGAAGGCUUUCGACGCUUUUUCGUAGACCUUGGACGUCAGCUAAGCGCGCUGUAUCAGGCAAUGUUGAAUUUGCAAUUUAUACACUGGAUCGUCGAUUUCUACUUGAAAUUAACUACUGAUCGUGGUAUUGACGUUGGCGAUGACGCGGGCGUAGACGCCAACGUCAACAAUGUCGUGAACAAUAAUAACAAUAGACAACGUAUCAUUUGGGCCUGCGGUGCUAGUAAGAACGCAGCAGAAGAGUUGUCAGGCUCAGCGACCGAAUCGGAUAAUGGCGGCGGCAGUGAAAAUAGUGCUAGUGAGAGUGAGGGGAGCCAAAGUGCUGCCGAAGCUGUGACGGUGGCGCCUGGCGCCGACACGAAGCGCCAACGAAUUGCAGCCCCCGAUCAAAACAAUUGCGGCCAUGAACAACAAUCGCCCGCCAUACCGGUGACAGAAACAGUUGCGGACGUCGGUCUUGCGGGUGUGUUGAACGCAGCAAAUCCAAGUGCAAAAAUGGGAAAUGUUCAUAUUACUAAUAAAAACAAACAUAAAGCGAACAAAACUAGUGCCAGUGGUGAGGGAUCUAAUUCAAAAAAUUCCCCAACCACCUCACACGAGAGUCAUUGCCAGGACAACAGCAUAAAGCUUUCCGAACACGAAGACGAAGCUGUCGUAGAGAAUUCCAAACCCGAUAUAAUAAUAUCCAGCUGGGAGGGAGACAUUUGCGCUGCAACAAAAAACCACAGCGCACAGCAAGAAGCACAAAAUUGCACACAGGAUUCUAAUUCAGAGCUGAUAAGUUUAAGCUCAACACAGACUGCCGAAAUUCAAUCCAAUUCGGAAGCAGAAGCAGAGCAAAAAUCCAAUUUCACACAAAUCUCUUCGGAACAUUUGAACUUGAAUGAGCAAUUUCCUUUGGAACUAACUUUGGAGCCCGAAGCAGAAAUCGAGGAAAAGACAACCAUAAAAAUCUUACAAAAGCUCAAUUCAGAAACCGUCGAGGCCGAGGAACCGAAAGCCCUUGAAAUGACAAAAACAUCUGACAUACAUAGCGUACCCAUCGCUGAGGGUACGAAUGCCGAGCAUAUCCUCUACAGAAUUAAACGGGGCACCACGUUAAGGGUGCAUGGGGACGCCUCUCUUUUGGGGCGUGAAAUUAUUUUAUACACCAACUACCCGGCUGAGGGUAAAAAGUUUGUUCGCACCGAAUAUCGUAUUCUGGACUGGCACUCGCGUAGCGGAAAGCCAUUCACCACCAACUUGAAUAAAUAUGCUCAUAUUGUGGAUACCGACAUAUUCAGCCAGGUUAAAGUGGAGCUCUCGGGCACCUUCCGAUUCUGGUUUCAGUUCAAGGAGAGCACUCGUCCUGAACCCGACGGCGCGCUUUACGUACAAGUUGAGCCCACCCUUCAAGUCGGACCGCCCGGCGCUCAAAAGAUAAUUCCGCUGAACUCGGUGCGCUGCCAAACGGUUCUGACCAAGUUAUUGGGUCCCAUCAACACCUGGGAGUCGAAGUUACGCGUUGCCAAGGAAUCUGGCUACAAUGUCAUACACUUCACGCCCAUCCAGGAGCUGGGUGGCUCACGUUCGGCCUACUCACUGCGCGAUCAAUUGAAAGUCAACCCGCACUUUGUUGCGAAAAAAGGUGGCACCGUCGGUUUCGAUGACGUGGAGAAGGUGAUCAAGAAGUGUCGUCAAGAGUGGGGCAUUGCCUCUAUUUGUGACAUUGUGCUUAAUCACACUGCCAACGAAUCGGAUUGGGUUCGCGAGCAUCCCGAUGUCACUUACUCAUGCGCUACCAGUUCUUACCUGCGUCCCGCCUUUUUGUUCGACGCUUUGCUUGCCAAGUGUGGUGACGAUAUAGCGGCCGGUAAUUUGGAACACGUGGGCGUACCAGCAGUGAUUGACCGCGAGGAUCACCUACAGGCACUCAAGUACCAGUUGCAUCAUGUUUACUUGCCUAAAGUAAAUAUCCACGAGCUCUUCCAAUGCAAUGUGGUCAAAUACGUGGAGGAAUUCAUGACUCUAGUGCGCACACGUUCGCCCCCCAAACAUGUUGCCGAUGAAUCACGCUUCAAUGAGAUACAACUGAUUACAGACCCACAGUACCGUCGUUUAGGCGCAACCAUUGACUUGAAUUUGGCGUUGGAUAUUUUCAAUGCCUUCCAUGGGGAUUGCUUCGAUGAAGAGUCCCGUUUCCGUAAAUGCGCUGAAACCCUGCGUCACCGCUUGGAGACGCUCAACGAGGAAGUGCGCGCUGAGAUACAAGGCUACCUCGGGUAUGCCAUCGAAAACUGUUUGGCCGGCGUGCGGUAUGAGCGCGUGCAGGAGGAUGGCCCUUUGGUACGCAAAAUUUCCGAGAAGCAGCCGCUUUUUAUGCAAUACUUCACGCAAACCAUGGCCAUUGGCAGAACACUCAAGGAAAUCGAGGAAGGCAUGUAUGGAGACAUGGGCAGAUUCUUCCAAGCGCACAACGGCUGGGUAAUGGGCUACAGUGACCCGUUACGCGACUUUGCUGAGGAACAACCUGGUCGCGGAAAUGUGUACCUGAAGCGCGAGCUGAUUGCAUGGGGCGACAGCGUCAAAUUGCGCUACGGCAAGAAACCGGAAGACAGUCCCUACUUAUGGAAGCACAUGACCGAGUACGUGGUGACCACGGCCAGAAUUUUCGAUGGUGUGCGUUUGGACAACUGUCACUCAACACCGCUUCAUGUUGCCGAAUAUCUGCUGGACGCCGCAAGAGCUAUUAACCAAGACUUGUAUGUGGUCGCUGAGCUAUUCACAAACUCUGAUGCCACCGACAAUGUCUUCGUUAAUCGCUUGGGUAUUACUUCGUUGAUACGUGAGGCCUUAUCAGCCUGGGAUUCCCACGAGGAGGGCCGAUUGGUCUACCGCUAUGGCGGCGAGCCAGUUGGUGCUUUCUAUGUCAAUCCCAAGCGCGAUCUGGCGUCCAGUGUUGCGCAUGCGCUAUUCAUGGACCAAACGCACGAUAAUCCAUCGCCGGUGGAAAAGCGCUCCGUUUACGAUCUAUUGCCCUCAGCAGCAUUGGUAUCAAUGGCUUGUUGCGCUACUGGCAGCAAUCGCGGCUAUGAUGAACUUGUGCCACAUCACAUACACGUCGUUGAUGAGGAGCGACAGUACCAGGAGUGGGGAAAGGGCGUCGACUUUAAAUCGGGCAUAAUUUCCGCAAAGCGCGCCCUUAAUCUUUUGCACGGCCAGCUUGCCGAGGAGGGCUUCAAUCAGGUGUACGUCGACCAAAUGGAUCCAAAUAUUGUCGCUGUGACACGUCAUUCCCCAACCACGCACGAAAGUGUCAUACUCGUUGCACACACCGCCUUCGGCUAUCCGCAUCCCAACGCCGGACCCACCGGGGUACGCUCGCUGCGCUUCGAAGGUACACUCAACGAAAUUAUACUCGAAGCGGAUAUUUCAAUGAAAAGUGACAAGCCAUAUGAUCGGCCGGGACCCUUCAAGAAGGAUCCGAAUUACAUCAAUGGCUUUUCACAAUUCCAGCUAAAUCUGCGCGAACAUAUACCCUUAAACAAGUCGAAAAUUUUCCGUGCUACGCCUCAUGUUGACGGCAACAUCACACAAUUGGAUUUCGAAAACCUCUACCCAGGUUCGGUAGUGGCUGUCAGGGUAUCACUGCACAACCCAACCAAACCGCAUGCCGAAUAUUUGCAAAGAUUAGUCACUUCAUUGCAAUACGAGAGCGGGCCGGUAUAUGACGAGCUGCGUGAAAUUAUUGGCAAGUUGGACUUGGUGGACUUGAACCGCGCUCUCUUCACCUGUGAUGAGGAAGAACGUGACCAUGGCUACGGCGGCGCAGCCUAUGACAUUCCUAACUAUGGUCGCAUAGUUUACUGUGGCCUACAGGGUUUCAUCUCUAUUCUCACGGAAAUUUCACCACGCAAUGAUUUGGGGCAUCCUUUGUGCAAUAAUUUGCGAGAUGGCAAUUGGAUGUUGGAUUAUGUGGCUGACCGCCUGAGCCAUCGUGAGGGCACCACCGCACUUUCGAAGUGGUUGAAGACCAUAUUUGAACCUCUGAAAAAUAUACCACGCUACCUCAUUCCUUGCUACUUCGACGCCAUAGUGAGUGGCGUAUAUGAAGCUCUGGUGGGACGCGCCUAUCAAGUGAUGCCAGAAUUCAUUCGAGACGGCCACAACUUUCCACAAACACUGGCUUUGGCAACGCUACAAUUCUUAUCUGCCUGCAAGUCUGCUAACUUGCCGCCACCUAGCCCGGCUGUAACACCUCAACCGCCGGAGAUAUGCGUGACCCUCUCAGCAGGUCUGCCGCACUUUUCCACCGGCUACAUGCGUUGCUGGGGCCGUGACACCUUCAUUGCCUUGCGUGGCAUAAUGUACCUGACUGGUCGUUUCCAAGAAGCGCGCUACAUAAUACUCGGGUUUGGCCAAUGUCUCCGACAUGGUCUCAUCCCUAAUUUGUUAGACAAUGGCACGAAGCCGCGCUUUAACUGCCGCGAUGCCGUCUGGUGGUGGUUGAACUCCAUCAAACAAUAUGUCAAUGAAGUCCCACACGGCCGGGAUAUUCUCAAUGACAUGGUUUCGCGCAUUUUCCCCUAUGAUGACAGUGAACCGCAUGCGCGUGGUAAAUUCGAUCAGAAGCUCAUCGAUGUGAUGCAAGAAGCACUGCAGGUGCACUUCCAAGGUCUGCAAUAUCGCGAACGCAAUGCGGGCUAUGAGAUUGACGCGCACAUGACGGACCAAGGUUUUAACAACAACAUUGGUGUGCAUCCGGAGACGGGCUUCGUGUUCGGAGGCAACAUUGCUAACUGCGGCACAUGGAUGGACAAGAUGGGUUCGUCGGAGAAGGCUGGUAAUCGUGGUCGGCCUGCCACGCCACGCGACGGCUCCGCUGUCGAAUUAGUGGGGCUUCAGAUGUCAGUGUUGCGUUUUAUGCAGGCGCUUAGCGAAAAGGGUGUAAUCGAGUACAAAUCCGUGGACCGCAAAGGGCCCAAUGGUGAGAAAACCACUUGGAGCUACAAACAAUGGGCUGAUCGCAUUCAAAACAAUUUCGAGCGAUGUUUCUUUGUGCAGGAAACGGAGACGGCAAUGAUGGCGAACAAGAAAAAUAUUUACAAGGAUUCGUAUGGCGCCUCGCAAGCUUGGACCGACUAUCAGUUGCGUUGCAACUUCCCCAUAACUAUGGUUGUGGCACCGGAACUUUUCAAUGCACAAAACGCUUGGAAAGCGCUGGAGCAAGCACGCCAGCAUCUUCUCGGUCCACUUGGUAUGAAAACGCUCGAUCCGGAUGAUUGGAAUUAUCGCGCAAAUUACGACAACUCAAAUGACGCUGAUGACUGUACGGUGGCGCAUGGAUUCAAUUAUCAUCAGGGCCCGGAAUGGGUAUGGCCCAUAGGGUUCUACUUGCGCGCACGCCUGAUAUUUGCUAAGAAAUGCGGUUAUUUGGAUGCAACAAUCGCAGAGACUUGGUCAAUUUUGCGGUCUCAUUUCAAAGAGCUGCACACGUCCCAUUGGCGCGGACUGCCCGAACUCACUAACGAUAAUGGCGCUUACUGUCACGACUCUUGUCGCACACAAGCGUGGAGUGUGGCCACCGUAUUGGAGGUAUUACAUGAAUUGCACGCAAUUGGCGGAGAUGUUUGAAAUUAGUAGCCCGCGUUGCUGGCUUAAGACAAAUAGAUGCUCCAAGAGGAAGCCAUUAGAACAAAUAGACACAUACACGGUGUUAUUGAAAGAUCCUAAAGAUCCCCCUACUUCUUACUUGUUGGACACUUCGUGCGUUCGUUAGAUUGUUAAUCUAUUACAUUUUGUAUUAAACUAUUGAGAUGUGUACCAAAUGUUGUUGGCAAUUUUAAUUCAUAAAUACAUAUACCAAUUUUUUUGUAUUUCAUAGUUUGUUAGAAAGUGUCAUUGCAAGACACUCCUUUCGAUCACCCAGUUGGUAGUAGAUGAAUAAUUGCUAGAUCGUGCAAGCUUAAAUAAAAUUACUAACUUAAAAAA